UGACAAGCUUAUUGUCUGAAAAUAUAAUUUACGCUAAAAGGUGCUAAAGCCAGUAUAUUAUUCCAAAAGGGUAUUUUCCCAAUUGACCUGAACGCACCUUUUACUGUAUCUAAAUGUUAUGGUACAGAAAAGUGUAGCCUAGUGCAAAUGAAAAUACUUAGCCUAAAUAUAUAACAACUGCUUAGUAACCACUGCCUUUCAAAGGUUUCAGAUACUGACACGGGUUUGUACAAAAUAUAAUACAUUUUAAUAACCCAAGGCUUCUGCUGUGAGAGCCAGAGCGCCUCGACGCUUCUUCCUUCCCGCGGCCAGGACCGGAGCAAGCUGUCGGCUACAAAGAAAGUUGAACACCUGAGCGAAAGGGCAAUAUUAAAAGCUGUCCAAGCCUGAUUAGAGAUAAGAGUGAGGGAUGUCAUCCUUUUACUCAGCUUGUAAAACCUUCCGUGUGUCGUCUUCACCUUCAUCCAGAGAAUACACCUGUGACACUGUUGGGUUGAUAUUAAGCCAAGGUGGAUGUUUGAUGCAUGAGCAGGGCCAGAUGUUGGGGAGUGAGCAUGAUCUGUUGGAGAUGACAGAGCUUGAAUGCUCACACAUUCAGCAUCUUAUCCAAGGACACACAGAGGCACAAGGUGGGACUCCAGAUGCCAGAUCUCACCCUGAUUGGGUGCUGAGUAAACACGCCACUGGGUCUGCUGUGACUUCUCCUUUCAUAGCCGCUCAAGCUAUUGACCUGUCAACUUCGAUCGAUGAACACUGCCAGGUGAUGCCAGGAGAGAAGACACCAGCUACAUAUGGAGAAGUCCCAGGUUUUGUUCUCGCCAGGAUCCGAGAUGAAGACAGUCCGAACGACCCACCUGCCGACAGCAGCACAUUUUCACAGAAGCGAUCCAGAUCAGCAGCUAGAGUUUGCUUGGAGAAGAGGUUUAACACCAUGUCAGCUGACAUGCCAAGACAGCAAGAUAUGCACUCUGCAGUUCUCGGCAAUUUUUUGACAAUACUUCAGCAAUCUGCUGAGGCUCAAGAGGCAGUCAUACAUCCUCAAAUGCAGAGGUCGAUGAAAGUGGACAAAACAAAUACUUUAGCAGUUUCAAGCCCAUAUGCAAGGGAUGUACUUAACCUAGUCUCUAACACCUGUGGUCAGGUGAUCGGCCAUAUUCCACACAUCUGUGAGCCUAACAUGCACCAAGAUUUUAUCAUUCCCAAGAGUUUUUCAUUUAAUAUUUGCCCAGAGACGGUUGUUAAAAAGGCUAACUAUACAAGUAGCAGCAACCCAGCUGAAGAGCAGCAGUUGGUGACCACAGAAAAUGAUGUGACACCACCUGCUGCCUCCAAGAAGCAUAGUCACACCCACUGCUCCAAACCUUUGAAGGCUGCUAAGUCUGCCCCACGAUCAGCUGGAGAAGCAGGGAGCAGCACCAGGAAAAGAGCUCGAUCUUGUAUGUCUCUGAGCCAGCGUAGGGACAGGCAUAACAAUAAGGAGAGGGAACGCAGGUUGGAGUGCCGUGAGCACAGGAAGCGGAUUCGUUCGUGCUGUGAUGAGCUGAACAUGCUGGUGCCUUUCUGUGACUCAGAUACAGACAAAGUCACUACCCUGUACUGGACCACUGCCUUCCUCAGAUACAUCAGUAAAACGUAUGGAGACACCUUCAAAGAGGAGUUUCAGAAGUCCUUCUGUGAUGAGAAAGGACUCUUUCUUAAAUCCAGUGGCUUUUCAGGAGAGGACCCAAACCACCAAGAGAUGGGUCCCACUGGGCCUUGUAAACCUCUUAGACCACGUGGGCCCUGAAACACAACAUUACAGCAUUGUGAAGUAACUCACCUGAAGACCCACAGUGCCGGGAAUACCUGGAGGACCAGGAGGGCCAGCGUCACCCUAGAGACAGAACAGGAUACUU